AGACAAUGUAUACCUUCUAUUUGUCUGCAAUGCAACUAUGUGCUGACUAAGCUGGUGUUCCUUCCAUAAACGCAGCCCUACGAGCUCAUGCAACAACUUGAAAUCAUGACGCGCCAUUGAGAUAGAAUGCAGACAAGAAAAUAGUAUACAUUCACCAUGCACUGGAGAUCUAUUGCUAGCUUGGCUAGACUGCGAAUCUCCGGCACGUACAUAAGGAGUUUGUCAUCGUGCCUCCUUAAUACCAGGAAACCUAGGCCCAAUGCUCAAGCACAUUACAAAAUACAACGAGCGAAAAAAGAGCAAAAGCAGCAGUUGUCCUAUUCUACAAAGCUUCUUUACUCCGAGGAAAGAAUACCGAACCAAACUCACACUGCGAGAUGGGCAGAUAAACCUGAAUAUGGGUUUGGGGUUUUGUGGGACGACGAGUCCCAACCAGUCGUGGCGAUUGAAGAGUCUCUCAAAGAUGACAAGCUGAAGAAAGACAAAACCUGGGGCUUCGUCGUGUUCCGGUGUACGUAUAGUGAUCAGGAUGCAUGGGAGGAAAUGCUCGAUCUCAUCUGUAGCCAUAUGGAGGGCUACCUGAUGAUGGAGGGCGGGGAAGAAUUCUGGAGCCGCCACGAGUUAAUUGUCAUGGAUGACAGGACUCAACUAGACGGCGCUUCAUCGCAUGUUGUUCGUGACCACUUCAAUCGCUUCGUUCAAAACGAAAUGGAUAAGCUACCUAAGCUACCCCAGUCUGAACGUGAGGAGGAAGAGCUGCUUCGCAAGCAUAUUGCCAGCGCAACCCGGUACAACUUCUGUCUCUUUGUUGAUGAUAUCUCGCUUGAAUCUAUGAAGCAUAUGCCCGAACCUGUGAUCAAGUUGCUUUGCAGGGAAUGGGAUCCGCUCUUUGUUCAGGAGAGGGACUAUACUGUCCACCCAAAUGUUGAGGACGGGAAGACUGCGGACGAAAAGGAGGAUGUCAGCUGGAGGUAUAUCUACGUUCUUUCUUGUUUUGAAUUCUAUGACAAGCUCCACGGCCAGGAGAAAUGGAAAUUACAUUACGAGAGGCCACCCUACUGGUCUUGCCAGAACAUUGAUGAGGUUCCGGGCUUCUGGCGCAGGAAGGACGAAGGUGGGACUGGUGGUUCGCAAGAUUCAGGAAAGCUCUAAGUUCUGCGGCUGCCCCAGUCGAUUCUACUGUGAGACUUGCCCAGAUGUAUGCGGAAUAAAUUAAGUAUACAGGCGUGUGCUACAUAUGAUAAGCACCCCCCUCCCCAGUGCGGAUCACUGUAUGACAUGUUUACACUUCUUAGAAGCCGCUUGGAUGACUGUCUCCUGAUACUCUGGCCGUUUCCGAACGAAAAUUUCAUGGAGUUUGCCGUAGGAUCGUUCUGGAGAAAGUGCAAAGUUUUGUCCGGAAUUUGUGCUAAUGCUGGCUAUGCAUAAUUUAUCAAGAUGGCGUUGUUAUUACAUACAGGGCUGGCGUCAAAGUCCCCUUGCCGCGCGCAUGGAAAAUGUGCGGUAUGACUCUAGCUUCGAAUGAAGCGAGUCGGAGGAGUAGAGGGAAGGGUCUUGAAAACGUACAUAUUUUUGUGGAGUCGGGAAGAUUUGUUGUUCGUGCUAAAUGUAUGAAACGUGCGUCCUGGUUGCUGCCGCUUGAGAAAUAAAGUGAUAUGAGACAGUGGUAAACACAGACUAUUCAAUGAUUUGAAUGCCCUUUGCUCUGAAUUAUCAAUUCAGAUAGAGUAAACUUCACUGAGGUAAAAUCUAGUAGAGUGUUCACUAUGAAUGACAUGAAGGUGUUGACAGCACACUUUUAGCUUUUCAGGGGUUAUUGUUUACUUCUUGGUGCUUUCAUUCAGUUCAGUAUGGUUCAGCCAGGAUUUAUAAACAUGACACAUAAAUACUUAUACAUGUACAUACAAGGGAGUAAAAGUGAGGUCAAUCAAAAGGAAACGUUGCUAGGAUGCCAAAAAGGUGACAAGUGUU